AUAUCGUUCCUUCUCUCCCAUUAUUCUUCGUCUCAUAAAUUCAUCGUAUCUACAGACUCUUAUCAUUCAUCUGCUCAUCUCAUCUCUCAUUUCUCAUCUUCUCAUCCUUUCCUAUUCUUCUCUACUCUUCCUCACUCUGAUCAGAUUCAUACUUUUUAAGAAUCACUUGUAGCAAACACAUUACCGCAAUGGGAAGCGUUGCCACUCAAACACCGGUCGACGUCCCGUCCUCCGAACGCGUUGAGCCUGGUUCCUUUCCACUCCGUCCCGCAACUCUUCCUAUCGAAUCACCACCACCCACGGACGCCAACAGCAUAGCGGAGUCAUGGGCAGGAUCUUUCAACAAAGUCCUCAGAACUCUUCAGCUCGCCAGCAUCUCCGACCUCUUCCUCCCCGAAUCCUACUGGCGAGACCAGCUUUGCCUCGCCUGGGACUUUCACUGCCUUCAAGGGCCUGAGAAAAUCAUCUCCCUGCUCAAGGAAUCAGAGAAUGGAUGCCGGCUCAAAUCAGUGAGCCUCGAUAAAAGUACCGCGUUCCGCUCUCCUACGGCAUUGUCCUUUGGUAGUGACGGCAAAGUGCACAUUGUUCAAGCUUUCCUGACCCUUGAGACUGAUGUCGGACACGGUAGGGGGAUCGUGAGGCUGGUCCACGAUAGUGGGUCAUGGAAGGCGUUCACGCUUUAUACGUUCUUGGAGGGGCUUAAGGGGUUUGAGGAGACGGUGGGAAGGAGGAGACCAAACGGGGUAGAGCAUGGGGAGCAUGUCUCGAGGAAGAAUUGGUUGGAUCGACGAAAGGCGGAGGAGAACUUUGAGGAUGGAGAGGAGCCGACAGUCCUUAUUCUUGGUGCUGGACAAGCUGGUCUCACGGUGGCGGCAAGACUGAAGAUGCUAGGUGUGAAAUCCUUGAUUAUCGACCGGGAAGACCGAAUCGGAGAUAAUUGGCGAAGUCGCUACCAUCAGUUGGUCCUUCAUGAUCCAGUUUGGUACGACCAUCUUCCAUACCUCCCGUUUCCAGAACAUUGGCCUAUCUUCACACCGAAAGACAAACUUGGUGAUUGGUUCGAAUCUUACGUGAAGCUGCUGGAGCUGAAUGCUUGGACCAAGACAAAUAUCACCAAGUCCUCGUGGGAUGAGGUUGCUGGGAUGUGGACGAUAACCUUAGAGCGUUCUAAUAAUGGCAAGAUAGAGACUCGCGUUUUCCAUCCAAAGCACGUAAUCCAAGCAACCGGCCACAGUGGAGAGCCUAACUUUCCCUCGCACCUUAAAGGGCUCUCCACAUUCAAAGGCGCCCGGCUCGUUCACUCGUCGAAAUUUACCGGUGCCGUUCCUUCUCAAGGACAAAACAAAAAAGCAAUUGUAGUCGGCUGCUGCAACUCCGGCCACGAUAUUGCGCAAGACUUCUAUGAGAACGGCUACGCCGUCACCAUAAUACAGCGCUCAUCAACAUUUGUCGUAUCUGCAGAGACUAAUCUCCAGGACCUGUCCCCCUUAUAUGGUGAAGGCAGCCCCCCAACCUUUGACGCCGAUAUGAUUUCUCACAGCAUUCCCAACCAAGUUGCCAAGCGUAUGAAUAUUGCCAUGACACAAAGACAAAACAAAACGGACGAGAAACUACUCCAGGGUCUCGAGAAAGCGGGAUUCAAGCUAGACAAAGGUCCUGAGGGGAGCGGUCUCUGGAUCAAGUACCUGCAACGUGGGGGCGGUUACUAUCUUGACGUCGGCUGUUCCCAACUGAUCAUCGACGGUAAGAUCAAGGUCAAGCAGGGCCAGGAGAUUACCGAAGUCCUUCCCACAGGCCUCAAAUUCUCCGAUGGCGAAAUCCUAGAAGCUGACGAAAUCGUCUUCGCCACGGGGUAUCUGAACAUGCGAACACAGUGCCGAAAGAUCUUUGGCGACGAGGUCGCGGACAAGGUGAAGGACGUCUGGGGCUUUGAUGAAGAAGGCGAGAUCCGAACCAUGUGGAGGAAAACGGGACAUCCUGGGUUCUGGUUCAUGGGCGGGAAUCUGGCGCUUUGCCGAUGGUACUCGAAGAUGCUGGCCUUGCAGAUCAAGGGCUUGGAGGAAGGGGUUUGCAAAUAUGAAGACUUGUGAUUGCCGGUUGGAACUGGACUUGCUGACUGAAUUAGCUAGCGGUGAAUUCAUAGAUCUUAGAAGAAAACACUCCUGUCUAUGCGGCCCU